AAUUAUAAGAUUAGUUUAUUUUAGAUCAAACAAAAAGAAGAGGUACAUUAAAAUUUUUCUAAAUUAAGUUAAUUAGCUAGCAAUUAUAAAAAAAGAGUUGAUAAUUUUAUUAUAAAUAUGUUAGAAAAUCCUAUUGUUACUACAGAUUAUAAAAGUCCAACAGCAUAUAAAAUUAGGGAUGAAUUUCCUGAAAAAUUUUUAGAUGAUCCUCAAGUUUAUAUAUAAGGCUUUAAGCAUGAAAAAGAUAGAAUAAAAGUAAUGAAUAAUUAAAAUUAUAAAAUAAAAAAAAAAGUAAUCUUAAGAAAAAAAUUAAGAUUUAGAUUAUAUGCCAAACCAAACAGUUGCACAUUUUUAAUUUCGUGAAAGAAACACAAAAUUAGAAAUAUAACCAGAUAUGAGGUUUACAGCUAAAACAUCUUUAGAAAGAAUAGAAUAAUUAUUAAAGGAUCAUAUGUAAACUUAAGUUGAGGUAUUUUUUUACUAUAUUAUAUAAAAUAGAAAAAUAAAAAUAGAAUUUAGAUUUUAGUAAAAAAAGAAAAAAAAAUAUUUAGAAAUUAUAAAUACUAAAUAAAAUUUUAGUUCAUGGGAAAAGAAUAGAUUUUUAGCUAAAGAAAUGAUUAAAAAUUUACUUCCAUCUUUACAUAAUAAAACACAUUUUGUUGCUGCUUAAUCUUUGUAUAAUAAUUGUCCAUUAUCUUUGCUUGAUCCUAAAAUUAAAAAAACUUAAAAUUUAACUUUUUAAGAUAAAUAAUAAGAAGUUUAGAAUUUCUCAUAAGAUUAAAAUUAAGAAAAUAAAACAUUAAAUAUUAAUAAAAAUUAAAAAGAUUAAAUGGAAGCUUUUAAUCCUAUCGAAACUUCAAAAAAAGCUUUAUUACUUUGCAAUGUUAUAAGAAAAAAAGAUUAGAAAAUAAAAACACUUUAUAAAGGAAGUGGACAUACGAUUUGUACAUUAGAUAAAUCAUUUUAAGAAGUAUAUAAAGCAUUAUAAAAUAAAGUUUAACAAUGA